CGCACUGGAGAACUCCGGCAAGACUUUACGCAUAUAAGCUUCAGGAUUUACGCACACUAGUCGUCCUGUGAUCGCACCAGCUCAUCUAGCACACUCUGAGUUAUGGGAUGUACAAAUCAUACCAGUUGACAAGCGGACACUUGGUCAGUGAGUGCGCGUAAAGCAUGGCUUGGAUACGCACAUGUUUUCUCUUCUCUUGUGUCGGACAUGUGUUGGCCAAUCCGCCAGCUGAGACGAAGAUUUAUUUGGAUAACAUCACGCGCAUUUUGGAUAGAUUAUUAGAUGGAUAUGACAACAGACUACGACCUGGAUUUGGAGGUCCUGUCACAGAGGUUAAAACGGACAUCUUUGUCACCAGCUUUGGUCCUGUAUCUGAUGUGGAAAUGGAAUACACAAUGGACGUGUUUUUCCGGCAAACAUGGAUGGACGACCGGCUGAAAUUUGAGGGCCCCAUUGAAAUCCUGCGCCUCAACAACCUCAUGGUCAGCAAGAUCUGGACUCCAGACACAUUCUUCCGAAAUGGCAAACGUUCCAUUUCACACAACAUGACCACUCCCAACAAGCUGUUUCGCAUCAUGCAGAACGGAACUAUCCUGUACACAAUGAGGUUAACCAUCAAUGCUGAGUGCCCCAUGCGAUUGAUAAACUUUCCGAUGGAUGGACAUUCUUGUCCUUUGAAAUUUGGCAGCUAUGCCUACCCAAUGAGUGAGAUUGUAUACACAUGGAAGAAAGGGCCAUUAUUUUCAGUAGAAGUACCUCAAGAAAGCUCCAGUCUGCUACAGUACGAUCUGAUCGGACAGACAGUAUCCAGUGAGAGGCUCAAGUCAAACACAGGUGAAUACAUUGUUAUGACUGUAUUCUUCCACUUGCAAAGGAAGAUGGGUUUCUUCUUGAUUCAGACCUACAUCCCAUGUAUUAUGACAGUGAUCCUUGCACAGGUUUCCUUCUGGAUCAACAAAGAGUCUGUACCUGCUAGAACUGUGUUUGGCAUCACCACAGUGCUUACCAUGACCACGCUGAGUAUCAGUGCCCGCCACUCUCUACCAAAGGUCUCGUACGCCACAGCCAUGGACUGGUUCAUCUCCGUCUGCUUUGCCUUUGUCUUCUCUGCCCUUAUCGAGUUUGCUGCCGUCAACUAUUUCUCCACCUUGCAGGCCAAUAAGGAACUUCGGCGGGCCAACGCAACCCAUGCUGCAGCCAUGGUGGCGACGAACAUUGAUGGGGAAUUAAUUUCGCAUCCUCUGGACCCUGGUGGCAUGUUGAAGAAGAGGCUGAACUCUCUUUCUCAAAGAGAUGUUGCAGAGAGAUUCUCUAGGCCGUGCCAGUCUGAUUUCCGUCAGCAAGGUUCUGCUGUUCCUGCCAACAACUUGCUGACAGGAACUAGUAUCAUUGACAAGUACUCGCGCAUCCUUUUCCCACUAUCUUUUGGGGCCUUCAACCUGGUCUACUGGAUUGUCUAUCUCACCAAAGACACUAUGGAGUCCAGGGAGGUGUAAGCUCUGUUGGAACUUCUCCAAGGAGAAAGGCCACUCAGAGAGCAUGUGUUGACCUCUCAUUUCUGUGGCAUGAAGCUCUCCGACUGCAGAAUGACUCUCCUUCUCUUCCCUAUUGACAUUCAUUGCACAGUGGCACUUGCGUUCGAAGUAUGUCAUUGACCCAGAAGUACACACUCAACAUUCUCUCUUCACACAUUCACCAUAACACUCACCAUUCCCCUAAAGGUUCAAUGAUGGUUGAUUACAGGAAUGUUUAAUAUACCUGGAAAGAGCUGUCUGUUGUAUUCUUCCUUAUUCUCAUUGCCUGGCACAUGUACCCCUGGAGGUUCAUAGGCACUCGGUUCUGGAAACACUUUUUUGAGCAAAUCACCUGAGUCAUAAAUCUCAUGUGACUGAUCACUCUGUGUUAAAACUUGGUAACGCUUUACAGUAAUGUUCCCUUUGUCAAUAAAGGGGUUUAAUAAUGACUAACAAGUCAUCUACAAAUGCUUUAUAAAUCAUUGAUAUGCAGUUGUAACAGGAUGAAUAAAAAGGUUGACUUUAAUGCAAUACUUGCCGAAUUGUGAGCAAUUAUCUUGCAUGUAAUACAUGCUUUAUAAAUACACUUAUGCACACUUGUAUUAAUCAAAAACAUCAAAUGCACUGAUUCAUGAUUUAUGUCACAAUGCAGCAAACAUAGACUGUUAAAGUAAGAUUAAAACGAGAGAUUAGAUCCUUUUGCUACAGUUCACAUUGUGUUUAUAUUCACUACUAUAACAUCUUGGCUAAUAUUUGUUGUCAUUUUCCUUGUCACGAAAAAAGAAAUGGUGCUACUCCUAUUGGUGUCCAGACUUAACUAGACCUAGUUACCUAUAGUCCUCUGCAAAACACUUUUUGGCAUACAUCUUACAAUAUAUCCUGAUCACCAUUAAACAUACUGAAAUUAAUGUAGAUUGGUUACUAAUGUUGGCAACUCCUGAAUAAAUAAUUUUUAUGUGUUCACUUUAUAUUUCAGUACAUGUGCAUAGGGUACUAAUAUUGAAUUUGCGUUAUUAACCAUUUACAACAUGUGAGGUAAAAUAGCUCACUCUUUGUCAGGUAUUGCAUGAAAGUGUCAAUUUUCUGCAUGCUGCUACAUCUUCAUAUUUGUAUGCAUUUAUUUUUAAUGCAUUUGUAAAUAACGUAUUAUUAAUAAUUAACCCCUUUAUAAAUCCUUAACAAAGGGAAAUUCAUGUAAAGUAUUACCUAAAUGUCCUUCAAGCAGAUAGGGAAUAUUUCAUACUGAUAAUAGCCAUCGACACACAAUAAUCGAUCACUGGUUAAAACUACUAUAAGAUUACGAUUUUUUUUUUGGUAACACUUUGCAGUAAAGUUCCAUCCAUUAACAAUAGUAAAUGCAUUA